GGUCGCCGAAGGCUUGGUCCCAUCCCAGUGACCCCAAAGUGCUGGAAGGAGGGGGCGGGGGUGGCCCAGUGCAAAGUGCAUCCCGAAAGCCCCCUGUCGGGACACCCCGCUGCUGACACUUCGGACCCGGUACGAUUUGGGGGUCUCCCUGUCCCCAGACCUCUGGAGUCCCUCGGUAGCUGGAAGCCUCCGGCCCGGCGCGCGGCAGACCCCUGGUCUGAGCCCCUGGACCGGGACUGCCCCCCCACCCCCAACCCGAGCGGGCACUUCCUCCCUGCACCCCUUCCCGGAGGUUGCUCCGAGGCCAAGACCGGCACCUCCAGCCGGAUCGGCUAUCUGGAUGCUCUCUGGGCUGGGGCCGUGAAGCACCGAGGAGGAUCAGGAACACGGUGUCCGGCCCUGCCUGGGGUGUUUCUUCAAUGGAGAAGUUGGUGAAUGUGGAGGAGGCUGAAAGGAGGGAGAGGAGCUGCAGCUGAGGAGACAGGUUUGAGCUGGCUGGGGGACACUCGUGAGCAGAAGGGGUCUGCCCGCCCACCAGAGAAGCAGUAGGGAGAGUGCUUUGGCUCAGCAUCCUCUCUAAAGGUGAAGAAUUGCUUUGAGGCCUGGACACACUGGGAACCCCUUCCCCAUGAUGCUGCUUGGACACAAUGGUCAUUAGGCAACCUGUGUACCAAGAGAAGAGGCAUUCUUCUGUAAGGCUGACCCCUUUGACCUAAUGACUGGUUGGUGAAAAGUGGACUCUGCUAGGAUGUUACACCACCACUGUCGGAGGAACCCUGAGCUCCAGGAAGAAUUGCAGAUUCAGGCUGCAGUAGCUGCCGGGGAUGUUCACACAGUACGGAAGAUGCUGGAACAAGGCUAUUCCCCAAAUGGCCGGGAUGCCAACGGCUGGACCUUGCUCCAUUUCUCUGCAGCAAGAGGAAAGGAGAGAUGUGUUCGGGUGUUUCUAGAACAUGGAGCUGAUCCUACGGUUAAGGACUUAAUCGGAGGCUUCACCGCUCUGCAUUACGCAGCCAUGCAUGGCCGGGCCCGGAUUGCACGCCUGAUGUUAGAGUCUGAAUACAGGAGUGACAUUAUUAAUGCAAAAAGCAAUGAUGGCUGGACUCCUCUCCACGUGGCUGCCCACUACGGUAGGGACUCAUUCGUCCGGCUCCUUCUGGAGUUCAAGGCUGAGGUCGACCCACUUAGUGAUAAAGGUACAACGCCCCUUCAGCUCGCCAUCAUCCGAGAGAGAUCAAGCUGUGUGAAAAUCCUCCUGGACCACAAUGCCAACAUCGACAUUCAGAAUGGAUUCCUGCUGCGCUAUGCUGUAAUCAAAAGCAAUCACUCUUACUGCCGCAUGUUUCUUCAGAGAGGGGCAGACACAAACUUGGGGCGCCUAGAAGACGGACAGACUCCUUUGCACUUGUCUGCCCUCCGUGAUGACGUGCUCUGUGCACGGAUGUUGUAUAACUAUGGAGCAGACACGAACACAAGGAACUAUGAAGGUCAGACCCCACUGGCCGUUUCAAUAAGUAUUUCAGGAAGUAGUCGGCCGUGUUUGGAUUUCUUACAAGAAGUCACAAGACAACCCAGAACCCUGCAGGACCUGUGCCGAAUUAAAAUUCGACAGUGUAUAGGCCUUCAAAACCUGAAGCUGCUUGAUGAACUACCAAUUGCCAAGGUCAUGAAAGACUACUUAAAACACAAAUUUGAUGAUAUCUGAUAUACCUGGACUGUGAGCAAGAUUAAGAGUUAUUCCAGACACUUAAAAGGCUCUGGGCCUUGCACAAAGUAUAUCCUAUGCAAUUUCUGAUUUGCUGUGAAGUCAGAAGGCAGGUAUACACUUUUAGGGUUUUGUUUGUUUGGUUUUCUUUUAGGGGAGGGAUUUUUAUAUAUAUAUAUGAACACACACACCACGCUUGAAGGUCUUAAUUUGGUUUCUUGGUCCAAGUCUGUGAGGUCCAAGCCUUUCUAUACAAUACUGCAUUUAGAAAAACUGUUUUUCCUAAAUGUACCAACAUAGGCAGGUUCAAAGCGGAGAACUCUCCCUCUUGAGCUCUGGUUUCAUUGGUGAACAAGGUACUAGAAACCAGUAGAACAUUGUUAAGUUUGGAGGUCUCAGGCUCACCUAGUAGAUCCUGGGUGACGCUGGAAAAUUUCCUGCAAAGAAACUUACAGAAAUGCUAUCACCUCAUUCAUUUUUAACGAGUACAGAUGAGCUGUUUAAAAAUUCUUUUUUUCCCUUCUAAUUAAUGUAGCUUUCCAAUGGGAAAAAAACCCAGUACCUCUGCUUCCUUUUGGUGUGCGCUAUUUUUAAAUUAUUUUUUUUUUAAACUGUAGGACACUACCCUGAGACAAUGUGUUUCAACUCCUCUCUCUCUUGUUGAAUUGUGCUUUUAAAACAAAAUGAAUGGGGAAA